CUAUUUGAUCCAGUUCUUGUAUUUCAACCAAUUUCAGCAGUAUGAAGAGAUUAUUAACCCCUUGAAUUCAAUUAUCACUCAAUAAUGAUCUUCUGUGUCGUCCCGCAAAGUGCUCGACAGUUCGGCCAAGCUUCCUUCCGGACUCCUGAACGGCAACGUGAAUCAACUGGGAGACUUCGAUCAGUGUCUGGGCGUGUCGGAGGACGCACAGGGAAUCACCGGGCAGUACUGUUUGGCUUAUCUGCAGCCCGAAGUGCCUGAGAAGUUCAUCCGCAUGAAGUUUCUCCAUCAACUCAUCCAAUCUCACGGCGCUUUCCGCAGCGAAUUCAACGACCCUGGCCAUCGGGUUCCUCGCUACUCCACCAUUAACUGGGCACUUUGCGUCCCAUCCGCCUGCUCCGCGGCGGACAUCGAGCUGUCCCUGCUGGAGUACGCCAAGGAGUUCACGGCCGCCACGCGGAUCGACCUGAAAGUGCGCGUGGAGCGAGAAAUGUGCCAGACCAGAGAUUCCCAGCCGACGAUCGAUCAGAACACUCUCAUCGUCGGCGGUCUGUUCCUGGCAGUGCUUUUCCUGGCCGCCCUAAUGACUCUCUAUGACUUCCGCGCCACCAGCGAGACGCGAAACGACUGGUUCCUCACGUUCUCCCUGCGGAAGAACACCGAGGCGCUGUUCAGCUUCACGCGUGACGGCAAUGACAUCGCCAGCGUGCACGGGAUUCGAUUCUUCAAUGCCGGCAUGCUGAUCAUCGCGCACAAGUCCAUGGCGCUCUUCUUCCAGCCCUUCGCCAACCGCACGGAGAUGUCGGAGUACUUGGGACAGCCGUGGACUGUCGUGGGCCGCGCCGCGAGUCUCUACACGGAUCCCUUCAUCAUGCUCAGCGGCCUCCUGACCACCUAUUCGCUGUACGGCCGCUUGCAGCGCGGCCAGCCGGUGAGGAUCUUCCAGGAAUACGUCGGCAGAUUCCUGAGACUCGUUCCCACCCUCGGCGCUCUCAUUCUCUUCUGCACCUUCAUCCUGCCGCUCCUCAGCAGCGGUCCGCAGUGGAAUCUCGUCGUCACGCACCACGCGGAGAUUUGCAAGACAACUUGGUGGCGGAAUCUGCUCUUCAUCCACAACUACUUUGGCUUUGAGAACAUGUGCUUAACUCACACUCACCACGUUGGAAUCGACACGCAGCUCUUCGUCUUGUCGCCCAUCAUCGCCAUUGGGCUGUACAAGUGGCCCAGGAGGACUUUAAUGAUCAUCUUGGCAGUUGCUGGCAUCUCAACAGCCGCCAGAUAUCACGUCACAGUCUCACGAAGACUGGCCAAUUACAUCUUCUUCGGAACAUCUGUUUCACAGCUUUUCGACACUGCCAACUACAUGUACAUCCUUCCCGCUCACCGCGCCACAGUGUACAUCAUGGGCGUCCUGCUGGGCUACAUCCUGCGCCGCUAUCGGGAUCUCAAGCUCACGCCCACGCAGCUGAAGAUCGGCUGGUACAGCAACACCGCCCUCAUGCUGGUGGCCUUCUUCGGGCCGGCGCCCAUGGGCAGGAUCGGCUACGUGUACAACACCACGCACGCCGCUCACUACGCCGCGUUCGCGCCCAUCGCGUGGUGCAGCUUCUUCGCGUGGAUCAUCUUCACGUCCCAUCUGGGCUACGAGUCGCUGCUGAGUCGCAUGCUGUCGUGGGAGGGCUUCCUAGUCACCACUCGCCUCUCCUACGCCAUCUAUCUCACGCAGUUCCCCGUCUUCUUCUUCAACGUCGGACGCACGCGCACAGCGAGCAGAUACGACUUCGUCCCCGCAACGGUGAGUCUCCGCGCUCUGCAAGGAUUUCAGCCUGAUAUUGACACAUUUCUGUUCACUUUUGCACAGCUUGAUUUGUACGAAUUCCUCUGGAUUGGCAUCACUUCUGUCGCUCUCACACUCCUCUUCGACACACCGUUCGGCAACAUCAAGAAGCUCCUGUUCAGACGCCCGCCAAGGAGGAGCGAGAGUGACAAGACAAAGUGCGCGGCAACGAAGGAAAUUGUCUACAACACGAACAUCAUCAAGUCACUGCUGGACUAGAGAUAACACA